AUUCAAUAUAGAAAGAGCAUCACGGCCCAGAGAUUUAUCGCUUGUGGAAAAGGAUCGACUCUUCCGGAAUCCGGAGAGAGGAAAAUUCCUCUCUUCCAUGCAAUUCUUAUUGUUGAUCACCAGAGUCGGUUGGCUAUAGAUCAAAACUCGUACACGACGAUUAAUCGAAUUCAGGUCGUGGUUUUGUAGCUUAGUUUCUUCUUCUUCUUCUUCGAUUUGGGGUUCUCUUUCUGGGAUGAAAGAGGUUUCGAAGAUGGAUCAAUCAGGUUUUUCGUUUGUUGAUGCUUGAACUAAUGGUUCGGUUAGUACUUUUUGUUAAAGUUACGCAAUCGGGUUGAUUAGGGUUUUCAUGGUUUGAAGGGGAUCGACUUCGAUAAUUCAUUUAACCAGUUAGGGUUUUCGAGUAGUUGAUUUAAAAGCUAUCUGGUUUCCUGUUCCUGGAAGUGGGGUUUCCUUGUGGAUAUGGAGCAAGAAAGUCAGAAGGUGGAAGUCGAGAAAACCGGCUGCCAACCUCCAAGUGCUACUGUUCCUUGCGCUAAUAACUGCGGUUUUUACGGAACCGCUGCCACUAACAAUCUCUGCUCCAAAUGCUACAAAGAUUUCUUUCUGAAGCAAGCCAAAGCAGCGGCGGCUGCGGUAGUUGCGGAGAAGAAGGUUGAUGAAACCGUGAUUGAAACAACGGUUCAAGAUGUUAAAGCUACUCCUUGCGAGGAAGCUACCAGUUCGGGAGAUCCUGGAAAAUUACCGGCCAACCGUUGCAGCUCCUGCAGGAAGCGUGUGGGGUUGACUGGCUUCAAGUGCCGAUGUGGGCAAACAUUUUGUUCUAUCCAUCGUUACUCUGACAAACACAAUUGCCAGUUCGAUUACAAAACUGCAGGCCAGGACGUGAUCGCCAGAGCGAAUCCUGUUGUGAAGGCCGACAAGAUUGAGAAGAUCUGACUCUCGAAAAGAGACUCUAUUUGGGGAAUUCAAGUUGCAGGGGCUAUGGAUUGCUCUUUGUGAAGUGAUGAAAGAAGAUUCAAUUCAUGAAGGAUGCCAUAAAGUGGUCUGAUAUUUCUGGAACUAAACAGCUCUCUUGAUGAUUAUUUGUGUCUGGUAUGUACAGUUUGGUUUCAUUAUUGUGACCAAUGCUACUGGAAGUUGUUGCUGGUCAUAGUUUAUUUCAAGAAUCCUUUUACUCUCUUAGAAAAUUCUGUAUAUCUCGCCUAUGGAUUAUCAAUUUAUUAGAGUUAAAACGUUA